UUUUGAGGGAUUUGGGGUAAUUUUUUGGGGAUUUGGGGCUCAUUUUUGGGAGAUUUUGGGGUCCUUUUAAGGGGGAUUUGGGGUACAUUUUUUGGGGGGUUUUGGGAUUAUUUUUGGGGGGAUUUGGGCUCAUUUUGGGGGGAUUUGGGCUCAUUUUUGGGGGGAUUUUGGGCUCAUUUUGGGGGAUUUGGGCUCAUUUUUGGGGGGAUUUUGGGCUCGUUUUGGGGGGAUUUUGGGCUCGUUGCCCCUCAGCCGCUGAUGGGCCCCGACCUCACCAAGAUGGCGCCAGGCCAAUGCCAAGCCCUUCUCAAAAUGGCGACGCAGCUCUUCCGGUCCUCCCAAAGACGGGAUGCAAGUCAAUUUCCGGUCCUUACCAAGAUGGCGACAAGAGCAUUUCCGGUCCUGCCCGUGUGGGCGAUCAGACUUCUUCCGGUCCUUCCCAAGAGGGCGAAGGAAACGGUUCCGCCCGUCUCAAAGAUGGCGGCCAUGUUGUUCGCGGCCCUUCACAAGAUGGCGGCGAGGCCGUUCCUCGCCGCGGUGCUCUGGACGGCCGGAGCGGGGCUUGGGGCGCACCCGGGAGGACUCGUGGCAGGUCCGGGAGGUUCGGGCACGCCUGCGCGUGCUUUUAACGCAUUUCAAAGCCGCUUUUUUUGCGCACAUCGCCGCUCCCCGACGUCCCAAAAUGGCGGCGUCACUGUGUCACUCCCUCCCUAAGAUGGCGGCCCCCCGGCGCUUCCCGCCCUUUUUCCGCCGUGGAGGCCGGAAGCCGCCUCAGGGCACUUCCGGUUCCCUCACGCGCGCCUCCCUCACGAAUGGCGGCGGCCGAGUCGUUCCUCGCCUUCAACCCCGCGGGCCGGGCCGGCCCCGCCGCCGCCUCCCGGCGCCGCUCCCGCGGGCCCCGCAACCGCAAGAAGGGCUGGAAGCGCUGGAGCGGCCCCGAGGCGCCUGGCCGCGAAAUCGGCGAUUUCCUGGAGGAUGUGGGGCUGCAGGAGCGGACCGCGGGGGGCCUGAUCUCGGAGCAGCCCAACGAGGCUUUCUUCCUGGACACCGGGAGCGCCCCCAAAAGUGAGGUUUUUAACCCAAAUCCCCCCCUCCCCGAGGUUUUUGGGGUGCCCCUGACCCCCCGGACCCCCCCCCCAGGCCGGCCCCAGAAGAAGAAGCCCCCCCAGAAGCCCCUGCACGUGGACCUGGUGCUGCAGCCCCUCUCCAAGGUGCCCCCCCCCAAAAGUGAGUCUGGGGGUGCUCGGGGGGCUCCUCCCCCCCCAAAAAUUCGAUCUGGGCGGGGUUUUUGGGGUGGCUCCAUCCCCAAAUCCCACUCCAGGACCCCAAAAUCCCCUCAGGGACCCUCAAAAUCCCCUCAGGGACCCCCAAAUUCCCCUCAGGGACCUCAAAAUCCUCUCAGGGACCCC